GGUUGCUUUGUAGCCGUAGGUGGCACUAUAUCACGGUAAAGAGUAAGUUACCUGACACGUCUCAAUUCCACCGCUUUUACGACCAGACACGGGAAAUUCUCCCUGAUUCCGGCAACAUCACUUCCAGUUCCAUCCCGAUGAUGCCAGUUCCGGCCCUGAAGACAUCACUUCCAGUUCAAAAAUGAUGAUGUCACUUUCACCAACCUGCUUUAAAAGCAGGACAACCUCCAUAAGUACUCAGUUCUGUUUUGGACUCAAAAUUAAAUUUAAUUUCUUAACAGGAAAUUGUUGCUAAAACAGCAAGAACAGUACUUACUUGCUAAGAUGAGAACAUUUACACAGCAAUGACAAAGUACAAUACAAUACAAUACAAUACAAUUUAUUUUUGCAUAGCUCAAAAUCACACAAGAAGUGCCGCAAUGGGCUUUAACGGGCCCUGCCUCUUGACAGCACCCUCAGUCUUGACUCUCUAAGAAGACAAGGAAAAACUUCCAAAAAAAACCCUAGUAGAGAAAAAAAUGGAAGAAACAUUGAGAAAGGCUGUUCAAAGAGAGACCCCUUUCCAGCCUGUAUUCCCAAUGUCUAAGGACAUGGAAGAUGUUACACAAUCUGGAAGUACAGACAUUGAAGCAGAGGAGGACAGCAGUGAACCACACUGUUUGGGUGAACAGAAAGAAUCAUCACAUGGAGAGGGAAGCCAAGUGGACAGCAGCCCAACCCUGUGUGAGGAUGAACAACUUCCUACAGAACAACACGUGAGACUAAUCAACAAAGAUCUCAUUCUACCUCCGCCUUUCUCCAGUGGGGUCUUUGUUACCCAGUCUGAUGGAGAAGCGCUGCCCAUCUGCACCCCUCCUCAGUUAAGCAGGACUGAGCUGACACCUGUGGCUCAUAGCAGUUUUCCACUUUGUCUCAGUAACGGCCAUGGACAUGAGAAAAAAAGGCUGCACUCAACCUCCACCCAGAAAAGUCAGCACAGCUUAAAGUCCACAGCUUCUCAAAUCCAACAGGUAGCUGGCAAUGAUUGCUGUGUGCACUGCAUCCUUGCCUGCCUAUUUUGUGAGCUGGUGUCAUUCUGCUCUGUGCUCAUUCAAUGCUUGGCUUGUGGAGGGGGCUGUGGUGGGACCUGUUGCUGCUCUGCUGCACUUAAGGCUGGAGGGGUCUGUGGAGGAAGCGAGACAGGUUGCCCUACCACCUUUGAAUGUGGGAUGCUAGAGGAAUGUUGCGAGUCCUCUGAUUGCUUGGAAAUCUGCUUGGACUGUUGUUCUAUUUGUUUCCCUGCCUGAUGACUAUUAUUAAGAAGGUCACCAGAAAGAGUUUCUGAUGCAGCUUGCUCAUGCUGACUUCCCAAGAGGAUAGAGGAUAUCAAGUUUCCAAAGAAAUCACUUUGCUUCCAAGCAGCGUCUUCACCACUUUCUAUAAAGACAGGAAGGUCUUAAUGAUUUGUGAAAAGUGAUCAUGAGGAGUGAUCUACUAGUUUUCAUAAAGAACUUGUGGUCAUUGUGUCUUCUAGACUGGCUUAUGAACUAGGUAGCCGAGUAUCCUUAAAGACAUACAAAUAAACUUACAGAGUAACAAGAAGACUCUGAAGACUUCAUGAAGAGCAAAGAGGUCUUUAAAUGUUCAGUUUUUCUAAAAGGUCCUUGGAGGAGGUCUCUGUGCAUGUCAAAAUUCCUCUUGCCUUUUUUGUAAAUUGCUUCCACUAAAGGCACUCCUUUGCCUUUAUGUAAGGCUGAUUUUCCUACCAUUGGGGCACACAUGCCAUGUUAGGUGAUAUAUCUUCAAUUAUUGUACUAUAUGCAAAGGAGAUGUUUGAUUUUGAAUUCUAACAAAAUUAAAUAAUUGUUUUGUCAACUCA